ACGCCGUCACCAUGAGCUUAGAGCAAGUAGAGGGUGCUUUGAAGCUGAUUGAAGACCACAAUCUAACAGCAGUUCGAUUCGAACAGACCGAUAUGCAUGGCAUCGCACGAUGUAAGACAAUCCCGGCGUGUCACUUCAAGGAGAAAGCCACCAAAGGUAUCAACUUCGUUUUGCUCGCACUAGGAGCUCUGGAUGUCAAGGGUGAGCUGGUUGAACUGGUCGAGGAUACUGGCUACGGAGAAGAGGUGUCAUUCGGCGAUGCGGUGGCGUUUCCGGAUUUCGAUACUCUCUAUCCGCUACCGUGGUUGAAAAGCACCGGAAGAAUCCUGGUCGAACCGACGUACAAUGGCGAGUCCGUUUCCGGGCAUCCACGAGUAAUUGCGAAGCGGCAACUGGAGAAAUUGAAGGGAAUGGGGAUGUCCCUUCUAUCGGCUCACGAGCACGAGUUCUACCUCGUGGAAAAAGAAACGCUGAAGCCGAUGAACGGAGAUGACUCAAACAUCUUCGCCACUAUUCGUAAUACCCCGAUCCUGGACCUGAUGGAUAAGUUCAUCGAAUACCUACCGCAAGUUGGAGUUUCGGUUGAAAGUGUCGAAAAUGAAAUGGGGCCUGGUCAAGUCGAGAUAUCGUACAAACCGGCGUUUGGUUUGCGUUCUGCGGACAAUGCCCACACCUACAAAACAUCCAUCAAGGAGAUAGCCCUGCUCAACGGCUGUGUGGCAUCGUUCAUGAGUAAACCCUACCCACAGCAAGCUGGCUCCUCUAGUCACUUUUGCCAUUCUUUAUGGGAUGUCGAAGGCAAGGUACCCCUCCUGUACAACCAUGACGACCCGACGCAUCUCUCGGAGAUUGGUCAGCAAUGGACUGCAGGAAUCCUUGCUCAUGCUCGCGCUACUGAAAUCCUGAUGGCACCUACUGUUAAUUGCCUUAAACGUGUUAAACCGAUGGCCACUCCCAUCAAUGUCACAUGGGGUUUGGACAAUCGCACCUGCCUUGUUCGGGUCAAGAUCAAUGGUGACACUGGAACCUAUCUUGAGAACCGAGCAGGCGCCUCAGGGUGUAACCCAUACCUCUCUCUGGCGGCAACAGUUGCUGCCGGUAUUGAUGGUAUCGUGAACAAAAUGAAGCUACCACCACCGGUUACCCGAAAUGCUUACAAGCCUGAAAACAUCCCUCCAAAAACAGCAUCUAUCCCAGACAACAUGGAGGACGCGCUAAAAGCACUCCUUGACGAUGAGGUUAUUUGCGAUGCCCUUGGAAAUGACUUCAUUAAAUCUUUCUCUGCUCUGAAGAGGUACGAAGCGAAUCAAGAGAGAGAGGCAAGAGAUAAGGGCGACGAAGACUGGGAUUUCAACAAGUUCUUCUAUUACUUGUAAAGCUAGUAUAGCUUACGUGAAUUGAAUAGUUUGCUUGUAAGGACACCUAAGACAAAGAAUUUUGAACGUAAAAUUCAAAUCUAUCUAUUUUAUUAUAUAUUUUGUUUUUCUCUUUGAAUACAUUAUUCAUUUUAUAAUUACAACGCAAACUGAUUUUUUAAAUCGUUCCUCCUCUACUAAUUUCUUUCCGUUUCAUUUUAUGCUGUUCAUCUAGCAAGUUAUUACUAUUCUAUCGCCUAUUGCGCAUUCCUUUUCAUCUAAAUUCUUUCAUAUAUGCAUAUUACAGGGUAUAAAGCAGCGCUUCACAAACGGUGGGCCGUGAAAAGCUCCAGGGUGAGAAAAAAUAUAGUAAAAAACUGUUUUAUAUUUCACAGACCUGUCCGAAUAUGGUAUGUCCGAUCAGUCUAUGGCGGGUCAAGCCAAACUGAAGCACGCUUCUAGGUAUCAUGCAUGUUGCAAAGCAUGCACUUGCACUCUAUGAUGGUUUUAAUGCAAUUGUCGCCCAUUUACCGGACAUUUGCGAAUGCAGAUUAG